AAUAAAAUAUUAAAUGAAACCAUAUAUGUAUAAAUACAAAAUACAUCCAUGCAUGCACCCUAUUACACACUUACUCGGAUAUCACUACAAAAUAACAUAUCCUUAAAAUCAUGAACACACUAAACUUGCUUUGCUUUCUCCUCUUGCUUGUUCCUCCCCUUAGACUUGCAAGCAAACAAUAUUCAGACGGCGCUUUUGAGGUGCAAGAAAGAGACGAUGAAGAUAGUAAUGGUCGGAAAAAGGCUACCUCAAACGUGGAUGCAUUCGGUGCCGAAGGAGAUGGAGUUUCUGAUGAUACUAAGGCAUUUGUAAAUGCAUGGAAGAAAGCUUGUUCUAAACAAGGAUCUUCAAUUUUCUUGGUUCCGAAAGGGAAGCGAUACCUCGUCAGUGCUACCAAAUUCAAAGGGCCUUGCGCUGGCAAGUUGACGAUCCAGAUCGAGGGAACAAUUGUAGCACCCGAUGACAUAGACACAUGGGAUCCGGACUUCCCUAGAAUGUGGCUUGGAUACUACAAUUUGACCAAUGUAUCAUUUGAAGGGAAUGGGGUCAUUGAUGGCUCAGGCAAGAAAUGGUGGGCUGCCUCUUGCAAAAGAAACAAAUCUAAUCCUUGCAAAGGAGCUCCCACGGCAUUGACUAUAGAUUCCAGCUCGUCUGUAGAUGUGAAAGACUUGACUAUUCGGAAUGCACAACAAAUGCAUUUUAUCAUCGGGCGGUCCGACUCGGUCCGUGUGUCUGGUGUGACAAUUUCAGCCCCCGGUGACAGCCCCAACACCGACGGGAUCCACAUCACCGGGUCGACAAAUGUAGUACUCCAAGACUGCAAGAUUGGAACAGGUGAUGAUUGCAUCUCGAUUGUGAGUGAAAGCUCGAAUAUCAAGAUGAAGAAUAUAUAUUGUGGACCCGGUCACGGGAUAAGCAUAGGUAGCCUCGGGAAGAACAACUCCACCGGGAUGGUCGAAAAGGUUGUGCUCGAUAACGCCUUCAUUCGGGACACAACCAACGGCCUCAGAAUCAAAACAUGGCAGGGAGGCUCCGGCUAUGUGAGAGCCGUGCGCUACCAAAACGUGAGGAUGGAAAACGUGUCAAACCCCAUCAUCAUCGACCAAUUCUACUGCGAUUCACCGUCAAAAUGUGAAGAUCAGGCUUCAGCUGUGGAAGUGAGUGAAAUCUUCUACAAGAACAUAACCGGGACUUCUGCAACGCGAACCACGAUGAAAUUCGCGUGCAGCGACGCAUUUCCCUGCAGCAACAUAGUCCUCAGCAACAUCAACCUGCAGAGUGAAGACGACGAUGAGGAGACCUACUGUAGCAAUGCAUCUAGCUUCAUUUGCGGCCGCGUUCAUCCUUCUGCAGAUUGCCUGCUGUCUUCUGCAUUGCAGGAGAGAGAAGGUGUUGUUGAGGACAGUAUCUCUCAGCAUAUCAUUCAUACAGAACUAUGAUUCAACAACAACAAGGUGUAGCAUAUAUGUGUGUGUAUGGGUUUUUGGAGACGUGGUAUAUUCAAGAAAUUAUUGUACGAGGUAAAGUUUUUUUCUGAUAAAAAGGUAAAGUAGACAGAUACUGAUGUACAAACAACAUUUCUAUGUAAUAUAAGAGUUUGUGGUUGA